CGCUCGACAUGGCGGCCGGAAGCGCCGGAGCCGCCGCCACCUGGAGAUACCGCGGGGACCCCGAGCCCGGGCAGCCGGCCGCGCUGGUGCAGUUCUCCAACGGCCGGCUGCAGCAGCCCGGCGCCAUGCGGUUCACCGUCUACCGGCACCGGGACACCGCGCACCCCCGGAAGAGGCACCGCAGGAUCCUGGUCUCAGAAUCCGACAGGCUUUCAUAUGUGGGUAAUAACUUUGGCAGCGGAGUGAUGAAGUGUAACUCCCUGUGCAGGUAUUUUGUUGGCGUGUUGGACCAGGACUCUGGGCAGAUGGAAGUUUAUAAUGCUGAAAUAUUCAACAUGCAGCCCCUGCUGUCAGAUAACUUGCUACAUGAUGACACAAAGGAUUAUCAGAAGAAAUCCUACAGGGAGAAGAUGGAUCUGUGCAUCGAGGCCUUUGGCACCAGCCGGCAGAAGCGGGCGCUGAGCUCCCGGCGGAUGAAUGCAGUGGGCAGUGAUGUUCUGAGCUCUGCUGUGACCAAAGCAGCAGCAAACAUUAUAGAUGCAAAGGGAGUCACAGCUUUGAUCCAGGACAUGGCCCAAGAUGAUGUGCAGAACAUCUCUGUCUUCCUCCCACCGUGUAAUGAAGAUGCUGACAAGCCAGAAAAUGUUUACAAGUUUGAGGACAUCCUGUCCCCAGCAGAGUAUGAAGCGCUGCGGGUUCCAGCAGCAGCCUUUGCUAACAUCACUGCAGAGGAACUUGCCAAGAAAAGCGAGGAGAGAAGCCACUGCUGCUUUGUUCUAGAGGAGCUGAAGUUCCUGCCUGCUGAUGAGAGGAGCCGAGAUCACAAAGCCCGAUGCCUCUGGUUCUUGGACACCCUUAUUAAGUUCAGCUACCUGAAAGUGAUCAAGAAGAAACAUCCAAUGGGUCCUGAAUGUCCUCACAUUAUUAGCAGGAAACUCAUGAAGAAUUUCACUUCACUGACCUACAACAAUGGCAGUGUCCAGAACUUGGUCUCUGCAUCAAUGAAGGCUAAAAUCACAGCAUAUGUCAUUGUACUGGCUCUGCACAUCAACAACUUCCAGACAGACCUCACCCUCCUGCAGAACGACCUCAAGCUCCAGGAGAGCAGGAUGCUGGACAUCACCAGGGCCCUGCGGCUGAGGAUCUCCAAGGCAAAGGGGCUGCCAGGACUUGAGAAUGAUUCCAACCACAAGCUGGGCACCCUCUCACUCCCCUUGCCUGUGCCAAAGGCAUCAGUGGACCAGAGGAAGCGCAAGAAAAUGAAUUAAAGUGUCUGGCAGGUCUGAGCAGGGGUGAAACAGUUCCCUCAACUGCUGCUCUGCACACUGAGCACCACAGGAGCCCUUGGUGUGUUGGGGUUGGCUCUCCAGCCCCAGCACAGCCCCCUGCUGAAACCCUGUCCCCAAGCUGGGCUGGGACAGGUGUUCAACUCAUUAAACUGCUUAUUUUUUCUAUUUAUGUAGUCAAAGCUGAAAUAAAACAUCUGCUUCUUUCCA